AAGAUCCUGGCGGAACACUUUUAAAUUUCUCUUUAAUUUUUCUUUCUUUCUCUGUACGUCGGCUUGCCAUAGAGGCAUGGCAGGACUCACAGCCCCGCUAAGCGUCCGCAGAUCAUUGGUGUCGUCAUGCCCAAGAAAGGGAACCGAAAACGGCUGAAAUUUAAGACCGGGGACGUCUGUUCGGAAUCAGUGACGGUAGCUGAUUAUGCUGAUGCCGACCCAGCUGUUGUGAAGUCGGGGAGGGUGAAGAAGGCUUUCGUGAAUGCAGUUGCUAAAGAAGUGAAAUCCCUCUGUGGCCUGGAGGCGUCUCAGGGGGCUGUAGAGGAAGUCCUCUCGUCUGCUGUGAGUGUCAACACAGACGCUUCGGACGGCAGUGAAGACCUGGACCACGAAGAAGACGGAGAACAUGAAACAAAGGUGGCCGACAAGAAGAAAAACAAGAGAAGAAAGGAGAGCAGUGAGAGCAGCGAUGGGGGGGAGUAUCCAAUGGAUAUUUGGCUAAUGCUCUCCGCCUAUAUUCGGCCUGAGGAUGUGUGCAAAUUUGCGCUUAUCUGUAGAAAUGCCUGGACAGUAACUUGCACCGCAGCUUUUUGGACAAGGCUUUAUAGAAGACACUAUAGGAUUGAUGUUGAUCUGCCACUUCGUCUCCAGCCUUACUCCAUUGAUAUAUUGAAUCGUCUAAGGGCCCGCGUCAUUCGCUCCCUUUUCCAUUUGUACGAACCAUUCAGCUUGCGUGUCUCGAAAAUUCCUGCCCUGCCCGAAUCCACGCCCACAACUUUGCUCAACUCCAGGUGUUUACUCUUCUGGGUCAAAAGGAUGUCAGGGACUCGACCAGAUGUAUUGUGGGAGUUCAACUUCAAGUUUUUAAAACAGCGGGCACACACUAAAAAUGGUUGUGCCAAGUCCUUGAGCUUGCCCAGACAAUACGAACAUGUCCACACAAACCCGGACACUGACUGCUAUGUGCUUCAGGUCACAACACUCAACUUCAUCUUCACCCCUGUGGUCAUGGGCAUGACCCUGACCUUGUUUACCAUCAACGUCAGCACAGACAUGCGGCACCAUCGUGUCCGUCUGGUGUUCCAGGACUCGCCACUCCACCGUGGGAAGAAGAGGGUUGAUCACUGCGGGACCCAGGUGGUGUUGGAUCCUGUCCACAGUGUGAGGCUAAUGGACUGGUGGCAUCCACAGUACCCCUACAUAUCCUCCAUAUAGGAUAUCUGCUCUCUCUGUUCCCUCUGCAUUAUUAUUCCCCCCUUAGAGUUCCACUGUUAAUUUCAUCCCUCUCGCCAAAAAGAAGAAAUUCCAAUGGAUGAUUCUGCAAAAACUCAAAUCUUGAAAAGGUUAUUGCACAUUCACGUUUUUACUUGUCAUUGUUAGAUGUUAAGUCCAACAGUGACUGGCCUCAGGUGGGAUGCAAAUACCUCAUUCGAGUGUGGCCAUAAGACUUAAAGGUUUCACUGCAGAAUCAUCCAAUAUUAGCAUUAUUCCUUGGGCUGUUUUUGUUGUUUAUUUAUACAAGUCUGCCGAUGUCCACACAUCAGCAAUCCUUCUUCUCUUCAAAAGUCUUUGUGUAAUCAUGGAGUAAUAGUGCUGGGUGUUAUGGUAAAGAAAUGAAUGUCAUAACCAGGAAAUCAUUUAUCUGAAUUGUCUUAGUAUCUGUUAAUACAUGAAAGACCAGGUUGGAUUGUUGAGUAAGGCACAUUUCAAAGUCGCAGUGAAACUGAUUCAUGGGAACUCUACUAAUGGUUCUGGGAGAAAUUAAGUUUGAAAUUAUUUUGCAUGGUUUGCAUAAUGUUUUACAAUAUUACAGCAUUAGUUCAUAGAUGCAUCACACACACAUGGCAGACAGGAACAUUUAUUUAGUACUACUAGACCACUCCCCCAUUCUCCUAGCAGACAACAUGGUUGUAAGUUGAACCUACAUGUGUGACACAUUUUGUAGAAGAGUUUCUAAAGCUCAUGGGUGAACAAGGUGCUAUAUUUGUACUUACCUCUUAUAGUUUGUUUUAUGCUCACUUGAAAGUUACUCUGAAGUAUCUAGAUUAUUGCGUUGAUUUGAGUUUUGAUAAUAAUGCCCCAACAUAUUGCUGAAAACCAUGUUUUUUUAUUCAGGGUGUAUUUAAAUCUAGGCAGCCUCUCUUAGUUUUUUUUAUAUUAAAGACACUGCUUUACACUGAAAAGGACAAAGAGAUGAUUUACUAGAUGUCACCAACACUCCUGCUAAUUUUGGCAGUGUUUCUUUAAAUGUUUCAUGACUGAAAUAUCUUGACUGUUUUCUCGCCGAUCGUGUGGCCCACGUCCCUCACUGCCAUCCACCUCUGGACAUUCAGUCUCAACUCUGAAUAGCUCAAAGGUUCAAAGUGGUUUGUCUUGUGCAUAUUGAAUGUAAGUAGAUUUAUACCAAUCACAUGCUUGAAACCAAUCAAUUGGUACGAAGAGAACGAGCUACUAUUGACAUUGUCCAUCCAUCAUUUAAAAUUGAUUUGUUUUGCACUUAGAUUACACCUAAGUAUAAAUAGUCUUAUCAGGUGAGAGUUCCACUGAUUAAAAUAAACUUACUGCACUGAAAUAAAGUGAAACUGCCCUUGAAGAA